UGGUGUACCGAAGGAGAAAAUAAUAUUUGCAUACUUAUAAAGUCAUAUUUAUAAGGUGCAUUGGUUAAUACAUUAUGAGUAUAUUUAAUUCGCACAUGCGGGUCAUCAUGCUUAAUUCACAAAGGUAAUAAACAAGUAAUUAUAUAAUUUUUUUAUUUAAAACAAUAUAUUUUUACAUUAAGAAAAGAUUCGGAGACACGUGUGGUGCUCUGUGUGGGCCCACCUGUCUUCUCUUCUUAUCGCCGUCUCAAAGCUCCCCCAUUCUCAUCCCUCCAACCUAGGUCGGAAAUUUCCCUCGUCCGAUUCCCCUCUCCUCCUUCUCCUUCUCUCCCGCUCUCUACAGAAUUUUUUUGUUAAUCUUCCGAUAUGUGCCCCCACAGCAAGAAGCAUCUCAGUUGGUGUUUGCAAAAAGAUUGCAUAUUUUAGGCCCGGUGGUCUUCUUUGAACCCGAGGAGCGAGGGCAAAGAGCAAUGUCCCAACCUCCGGAGCCGCCCACCUCUGCUUCCGACGAGGGAAGUUCUGAGAAGAGCUGGGUUCCUAAGCUACACAUGGUUUUUGAGAGCGAUGAGAAGGCAUACCAGUUCUACUGCUUCUACGCUAGAGAGAUUGGUUUUGGUGUCAGGAAGCAUUUGGUGAAGCGUCGCUCUAAUGGGACGGUUUAUGCGAGAACCUUUUGUUGUUACAAGGAAGGAUUUUGCAGGAGCUUGAAGGAAGGGAAGAAGCCUCGGCCUGAUGCAAGAACUGGCUGCGGUGCACAUAUUGGUGUCAGGCUUAUGGACGAUGGUAAAUUCCAUGUUACUGAGUUUGAAGCUGAGCAUAACCAUGUGCUGGUAGAAAAGACCCCAGAAGUUCAAUUGGAAUCAACUAAUGACUUGGCGAUGAAUCCAAAUAUCCCAAAGCGAAAUUUCGGUGGGAAGCUUAUGGUAAUGCCUGUUCUUAAGAGUUAUAUUCCUUCGAAUUUUCCAAACAAUUCGACACUUUUAGAAAAUGUCGAUAAUGAGGAUUGGGUGCCAAAAGUCGAUAUGGAGUUUGAGGAUGAUGAUGAGGCAUAUGAGUUUUAUAUAAAUUACGCUGCUAGAAUAGGAUUCAGCGUCAGAAAGCAUCUGGUGAAACGAAGGAGUUCAGGCCUGGUGUAUUCGAGAACAUAUGUUUGUCAUAAAGAGGGUCGAACCAGAAUUAGUAAUGAGAUUAAGAGAGAACAACAGCAUGUAAGGGGUCCCAAACCUUAUGAAAGAACAGGCUGUGCUGCUUCCAUGACCAUCAAGAUAAUGAAGAAUGGCAGAUAUCGUGUUACCGAGUUCGAGUUAAAGCAUAACCAUCCCCUUGUAAUUCCCUCAAAAGCGCACCUCUUUAGGUGGCGUUGGCGGAGGGGCUUAGUUGGGGCACAAGCCGAUUCAAUUGCUUUGGCAAAUGGCCAACGUAAUGCAUUAGAAUCAUCUGAUAUCAAGAAUGGGGCGCAUGAAAGCAAUCAAAAUCCAACCUUUACAUCUUGUGGAUACAAUAUUUACUCACCCUCGAAGCAUUUGAAUGAGUUGCUUCCAGGUGAUCUUGGAGCUGUAAUGCAAUAUGUGCAGGAAAAACAAGCAGAAGAUCCAUCCUUCUAUUACGCUCUGAAGUUGGAUCAGAAUGAGAAGUUUUCAAGCAUCUUUUGGUCUGAUGGGAAGUCCAUGUUUGAUUUUGAGUGCUUUGGUGAUGUAGUGUGUCUGGACACAACCUACCGAUCGCGAGAGUAUGGCAGGCCAUUAGCACCUUUCGUUGGAGUGAACAAUCAUAAGCAGAUAAUUGUUUUUGGCAUAGCAUUGUUGUAUAAUGAGUCGAAAGAAACGUUCGAAUGGUUAUUCAAAACAUUCAAAACUGCAAUGUCCGAAAAGCAGCCAAAUGUCGUCCUCACAGAUCGAUGCGAAGCCAUGAGCAAUGCCAUAGCUGUCGCCUGGCCGGGCACAAAUCACCGAAUUUGUGUGUGGCAUAUGUAUAACAACGCCUUGAAGCAUUUAAACUUUGUUUUUCAAGGUUCGACGACAUUUGCGAAGGAUUUCAGCCGAUGUAUGUAUGACGUAGAGGACGAAGAUGAUUUCGUGUCGGAAUGGACGAGCUUGGUAGAAAAAUACGAUCUUGGUGGUAAUUUGUGGCUGACUAAGUUAUACGAAGAGAGGGAGAAGUGGUCUGUGGCCUAUGGGCGCCAUAUGUUUUAUGCUGACAUAAAAAGUUCUCUUUUAAGAGAAAGCAUUAGCGCCAAACUCAAAGACCACUUGCAUUUGGACUGUAAACUUCUGGACUUCUUCGAGCGUUACGAGAAUGAAUUGAACGAGAGACGCAAUGUCGAACUGCAAGCUGAUUUUCGUGCUUUUCAUAGUUACGGAAAAAUGCUGGCUUCGAAAAUGUUACGGCAGGCUUCUAAUGCUUAUACUCCUGCGGUGUUUAAAGUGUUCCAAAUGGAGUUUGAGUUGUCAAUGGAUUUGUUGGUGUUCAAUUGUGAUCAUGUUCAUGCUACAUAUAUAUACAAGGUUAAAGCUGAAAAUUGCUCAAAAGAGUAUAUUGUGAGAUUCAACACAGCAGAUAAUUCCAUUAUCUGUAGCUGUCGGAAAUUUGAUUUUAUGGGCAUUCAAUGCAAGCAUGUUCUGAAAGUAUUAGAUAUUAUAAAUAUUAAGGAGCUUCCUCCACAGUAUAUAUUGAAGAGGUGGACUAAGGAUGCUAAGACCUUGAAUUUUAAAAGUUUGCCUGAAAUUGAGGCUGGUAAUGAAAAUAAAUCUGAAUUAGGAAAGCGCUGUAGCAGUUUGCGUUAUUUUUGUAAUAGGGUUGCUACAAGAGCUGCGGAAACUGAGGAAUCAUAUGAGUUCUUUAGAACUCUUUCAAAUGAGCUCAUGGAGGAAGUUUGCAAGAUUUUAAAAAGAACGCCGCCUCAAAGGCCUCGAGAUGCUUAGGUCUCAACUGAAUCGAGGGAGCUGAGAUCCAUCUCCAUGACAUUGAGCUUUUGUGCUUGGAUUUUGUUCGAAGAGGCUUGUCGUACCGCCCUCCAAUGUUCUUGAUGGGAUCAUGCCUUCAACUCCUCUCAGUGAUAGAACUCUUGCUGUCUCUUUUCCGACGCCGUUUGUUGCACCUGGACUUAUGAGCAGAGGACAUGGAAGCAAAUCUAAAUGUGAUGGUGGAGCAAAUAAUUACAUGCGAAAACAGAUUGCACAGUACCAACGAAUACCACCAAAUCUGCACUUAUUUGCACUUAUCUGGUUCGCACGUAAUGUUCUUUUGUGAUGGAGAUGAAGAAAAACCUGCAACUGUUGAUGUCAAAUCAUGGCCCUUGAUUCCUUCAGUAACCUCUUCGACUGCCGAAGACCUGCCGAAGCCCAAGGCAGCUCUGCCUCUCCUCCACGGCCAGCUCCAUUGACCCAUUUGCUCUUCAGAUUUUUCUGAACUGCAAAAUGAUUGAAGAUGAAAAUGAAUUUUUUCUGGAAUGAGAAGUGCAUUGUGUCAUGGGAAAUUUACGCAACCAUCCAGGCAAUUUGGUGGUCGAUGAGAUGGAUGUCCUCAGAUUAAAGCAGCUAUUUGACUUAAGGUGACCUGCACGUAGGAUUUAUUGGUAACGUUAAACACCUACGUGGCAUUAUCUGAUUGGUCGCAUGGGGGUGAAUCAUAUUUAGCCAAGCCUAUUAAUCUCUCACAAUCACUUGUGGGAGUCUUGUCCUUUUGAUGAUAAAUAAAUAGGGGUAUUAUACCACACAGUUCUAAUUUAUUUAU